UUCUUCAAACAGCUCUUGUUUAUUCACAGGCCAGAACAGAACAGAACUGAAGGGUUCAGCCAGCCUGCUUAUAUAGAACUCCACUACAACACAACAGUAACCACUUUCUGUAACUAUCCAAUCACUGAACGUCACUUUCAAUCCCUUAUUUGCAUAUGUGGACUUGAGUGUAAAUUAUCUACAGUAUCCCCCUGCUGGCCCAGGGUGAGAACUUCAGUACAUAACAAUAUGCUAUAUGGUAAUUUAUGGACCUAUUAGGUAUCUAAACCCAUUUGCACAUGCAGAAUGUAGGCACCCUAUAUACAGAAAUGAGCAAACCAGUGAUAUUUUAGGGAGCAAGCUAGCAGGUGGGGCCCGUUACUUCCAUCAUAGGAGCCCACACAACACAAAACACUAUUGCUGCAUGUAGGUUUUAUUUUGUUUGGUUUUUUUAUCUUACAUUUUGGAAAUGUACAUCCAGUUUUCCCCCUUUAAUUUUUUGGGGGCCCCCAAGAGAGUGGGGCCCUAAGCUAUAACUUGUUUAGCUUAUGGGUAAAUCCAGCACUGGCAGGGGAGCCACGGACCCCAAAAGUCAAAAACCUCUGGAAUAAGGCGUUCCUAUUUUCAUCAGGGAAAUGUUGGAGGGAUUGAAAACACUUGACUGGCCAAAACCCCAAAGUGGCACAGCCUCUCUCUCUCUCUCUCUCUCUUUGGCAAGGGUGGUGCUGGCAUCUGCUUGUCGUGGUACAAUUAUUCGCCGGCAGAUGGAAACCACAAGAGCCGAGGAAACGAGGGAAGGGGCAUUUCCACCCCAUCCCGAAUUUCCCCUCAGACUGCCAGGCGGCAGCAGCCGCCGCCAUAGCCCUGCUUCCCCGCGGCCACCGCCUCUAAGCACCGUCACUGGCCACCUCAGAUCCCCCCCCCUCUCUCUCCACAGCGCAAGCCCGUAUCCUUCCGCGCCAGCCAGCACAACGCGCGUGGAUUGCGUGGGGGGCGAAGGAGACGACGGAGCGGCUCCCGGCGAGGCGAUAACGGGGACGCGGCCUGAGGGCGGGCGCGGAAGGCUCGAGGGGGAGCGAAGCGCGGCGGCCACCUGCGCGCUCCGCCCCGGCCAGGCGAGCCGAGGCAGGGCUGGCUCCCAUGGUGAGGAGGAGGAGGAGCAGGAGCCGCGAUUGGGAGCCGCCGGCGCGCCCCGUCUGGCCGGGAGGCGGCACCGGCAGCGGCAGCGGGAGGAGGAGCAGCGGAGGCGCGGAACUGGAGCGGCUGCCCGCGAACAUGGCGGCGGCGGAGCAGCAGCAGCCCUUGGUGGAAGGCUCCGCCGGCGGCGGCGGCUCGUCUCCCGGCUCGGUGCCGGUGCUGUUCUGCUUCUCGGUGUUCGCCAGGCCUUCGACGGUGCCGCACGGCUCGGGCUACGAGGUGCUGAUCCAGAAGUUCCUGAGCCUCUACGGCGACCAGCUGGACAUGCACCGCAAGUUCGUGGUGCAGCUCUUCUCCGACGAGUGGAGCCAGUACAUCGACCUGCCCAAGGGCUUCCUGGUGGGCGAGCGCUGCAAAGUGCGCCUGGUGCCGCUGCAGAUACAGGUGGGCGCGGGGGGGAGCCGGCAGGGGGGCGAGCCUUGCGCACCCAGACCCGUUUCUUUGCGCGGUGGGUGGGUGGGUGGGUGGGGGGCGCGGGGUUGGGUCUCCCCUGCUCACUUUCCCCGUCACGGAAAGGGGGAGAUCCCUUCGCCCCCACCAUCCUCUCCCGUUUGCAGGAGGAGGAGGUGGUGAACUCUCCCGGCUGGCAGCUUGCUGGUUCCCUGCCGCCCAAACACGCGGGACAAACUCCAGGUCUGCCUCCUGCCCAGAGAGAAAAGCAUAAAUCUCUCUCUCUCUCUCUCUCUCGCAUUCCUUUUCUCUUAUAAAAACAGCUGCCAGGUGCAGGUCUGAAGUGGGUAGUGACAUGGGCGUCGCAGAGGGGGGCAGCUGCCCCAUCCCCCAGAUCAAGUAAAACAAUAGAAAUACUCAGUGCUUUUUUUUCUUUUAAAAAAUGUUUAGGAGUAUUCUCAUUUUCCUAUUGAUAUUAAAAAUACUGCCCCUCGUUGAGGCCGGACUUAGAUGCACAAAAUGUUUAGGGGUAUGCGUAACCCCCCAGAAAAAAAGCACAGGAAAUAACUAACUGACCCCUCGCAUCGGUCCCCCCCCAAACAAAAUUCCUGGCUGCGCCCAUGUGUAGCGAUCCUUACCACCAACCAUGGAGGGUAGGCCAAUGCCAGUAUGGCACUUGCAGACACUAAAAGUGUCCCUAUUUUGCAGGGACGGUCCCGGAUUUACAGAAGCCGUCCUCGUUUCUGGUUUUAGCCCGGAACGUCUCACUUUUCCUUAGGACGUCCCUAUUUUUAUUGGCAGGUAUGGUAGGACAUCCCUAUUUUAAUCAGAGAAACGUUGAAGGGUAUGGAGUUAUGCAACCCCGGAGCCAAGGAGAUAAGUAACUAGACAACCUUUAAAAGACAUCUGAAGGCAGUCUCGUAUAGGGAAGUUUUUUUAAAUGUUUUAUUAGGUUUUGACAUAAGUUGGAAGCUGCACAGAGUGGCUGGGGCAACCUAGUCAGAUGGGCGGGGUAUAAAUAUAUUAUUUUUUAUCAUCAUCAUGGAAUAGGGCUUUCCUAUUUUCAUCAGAGAAGUGUUGGUAUGUGCUUGGGUAGCAGAGGCAAAAAGAAAGGAGGGCUUUCCUCCUAGAGCCAUGUAAGGUGUUUCUGGCUCAGGUGAGAUGUGAAGGGGGGCUCUAUUGCACAGCACAUCAGGUAAUCUGGUCCAAAGCAUUUUUAAUUUUAAGACCAUGCCACCCAGUGAUUUCAGUGGGGCUUGCUUCCAUCUCCUCAUUUAAAAUACUGGGCAGAGUAGCAAGAAAUCCCCUGAAGAUGGGAGGAGAAAUCGGAUUCUUCCCACCUCCAGAAGGCAGGAGAAUGAUGUUGGCAGGUGGAGCAUGACUCUCCUGACACGUCUCCACUUCGGCUUACUCAAUUUUGAUGAGGGUAAGGGCUUCUCAUCUAACCCCAGCUGAGAAUUGGGAGUGCCUUUCACCUCACCCAUCUGAUAAUCCAGGGACGAAGUGCCCUCCUGCCCCAGAAAGCCAGAAAUGGACUCAAAGGCAAUACAGUGGUACCCCAGGUUAAGUACCUAAUUCGUUCCAGAGGUCCGUGCUUAACCCGAAACUGUUCUUAACCUGAAGCACCACUUUAGCUAAUGGGGCCUCCUGCUGCUGCCGUGCCGCCAGAGCCCGAUUCCGAUUUCUGUUCUUAUCCUGAAGCAAAGUUCUUAACCUGAAGCACUGUUUCUAGGUUAGCGGAGUGUGUAACCUGAAGCCUAUGUAACCUGAAGCGUAUGUAACCCGAGGUACCACUGUACGAAGGAGAGCCUUCUGUUGGACUUAUGUUAUCCUGAAGCUGGCAAGGAAAGUAUUCUCAGUCCAAAAUUAAAGUAAGAGUUUGCAGAUUUAGGAAAGGCCAUUUGGUAAUGCAUUCAAUUUGAACUAGGUAUGUGAGACUAGUUAUAUAAAAAAUCUACGCAAAGCAUCCACUUGGAAACAUAGCUGAGUGCAGAAUACGUCUCUAGAAAGCAAGUGUGUAAGGGCAUCUAACCUCAGGAGAAAGCAGGGAACUUUCAUCCACCGCCACAGCAUACAAGUACAAACUGUACAUUCAGUAAUGCCUCUUUGUCAGUUAGGGAACGUGUUUUGAGGAACAAUAACAGCCUGAUCUUGUGCAGAGUCAGGCACCGUAUUAUUGAAAAAACAGACUAGUUUAAAUAUAUUGCUUCAAAUCACUUGCACUUAACUAUCCCACAAAUUUGCUCAAAAUAGAGGUGCAAGCGCUCAUUUCCUCUACUUGUCCCUACCCAAUUUUGAUCAGUAUUUAGGCAUUCUCAUCCUGUCACGGCUGCAAGCUUUAAGUCCCAGUAACAAUCAAUAGUGUGCUGCUGCUCAUGAAAGGGAGGCUGAAUUGAAAGAUGCCGAACAGACUGAGUGUAGGAGACCAUGCUAAACAUUUGGUUUGGUUUGCUGUCCUUACUCGAUAGCACACAUUCAUUAGCCCUGUUCAGACAUCACAUUAAAACCGUAGUUUGAAACAAGUUCUCAGAGUGCUCCUGCUGCUGCUCUGUCUGACUUGUCCUUUGAACUGAGGCUUGUAGUUUUUCUCUUCAGACAAACCAAAAGGUUUGUUCUGGGCCUGUUGCUUAUGGUUUGUUUGAGGGAAAUAAGCCACAAACCUGUGUUUUGACAUCGCAAGAAGUCAGUCUGGCUUGCUUUGUCUGCAGUGCCAGGGAACCUUUGAGCAGCAGGCACCAGCUUGCUUCUCAUUUAUCUCAAACCAUAGUUUCUUCUAAAGUUAAGCUAAAUGUCAUGUACAAACUGUGCCAGUGUGCACAAAAAAGGUACUUGAAAGAAUUUUUCAAAGUUAAGCCACACUGCAUUUACUGAUGGUGAGUCAGCUCCAGCUUAAACUUUCAUCUUUUAAGCAACUUUACGUAUGCUUAUCACGGACAUAAAAUAAUUCCCAAGUAGUUGCUCACACUGUUGAAAAAUUACGAGUGCAGUCCGGAGAGCCACUUCCACUAACAUAAGGGAGGUGAGUUUUGAUUUCUUCCAACUGCAGCCCCUGGGAUGGUGCAAGGGGCUGCAGUGAGAUGGAAUAGCUGGGAAAGCCACAUUGCAUGAGGACAAUAUUGCUCACAGUUCCCUGGAUUCCAUCCUAUGUUUUAGAAACAAAAGAAGCUGUCUCAGACAAUUGAUUUACCUAGUUGGGUAUUGACUAGCUGUAGAUCUCCAGGGUUCGAGACAGGAGUCUUUCCAGAAACUGCUGAAGGUUGACCUUCCGCACACAAAACGUGAGUUCUGCUACCGAGCUGCAACCCUUCUCCUUAAAUAAACAUACAUUAGAAAGUGUGAGUUGCAGAAUUAUGCAUAGGGGUUAACAUGGUUGUAUUAGUAAAGGUCAGCAGAGGUUCUUCCUGUAUUCAGAGUGACAUUAGUAAGGAUAAAGACUCACAGUGCUUUAAAGGAUGGUGAAGAUGGUUUUAGAGUGCUAUCCCCACCCUCCUUUAGUUCUGUGUCCUGUGCUAGCUUCGGGGAAAUGAAAAACCUGUUUUGUAGAUUUUCGGAGAGAAGCCUUCUGCAUCGAGUGCCAGUUUUUUGCAUUUAAACUUCUUGUGAUUUUUUUGGGGGGGAGGGGGGACUUUUAUUAUGGUGAAGGGUGUGUGUGUCUGUGUCUCUGUGUGCUACUUCAAAAGAGCAACUUUAAGAAAGGGUUCAGUCUGCCUGAGGCAAAAGUGGUGGGUUGACACAGCUCCUUAGAAUGGGGAACAAUUUUCCAGUCCUAGUAGUCUGAAUGUAAAUAGUGAAGCUGGGAUCACAUAAUAGGGGAAGAACCCACUGCGAUUCACUUUAGAAUGCUGUUUUUUUGCUUAGUUGUUUUUUAAAUUAAGCUUUUAAUUUAUCAAGUAUUUGCAAUACGUCAUGUUCGGUGUUGCUGUAUUUGCAAAUCUCAAUGUCGAUGCCUGUUACCUUUAUCUUGAAAUGUGUUUAGAUUGCACAUGUCUUCAGGUGCUGGAAGACUGCAUGUCAGAGCUAUCUCAGCAGAUAAUGACUGGGAUCCAAAGAAUUGUGUAACACUUGAAGGAGCUUUUGAUUUUUCUUUUUCCUCUUGCUGUUACAUCUUGGUUUUGAAACAGAGGAUUUGUGAGUUGACUGUAUGACAUGGGAGCAUGCUGUUCAAAGAAAAAAAAGUCCAAUAUCCUGCUGGACACACCUAGCCCUUUGGGCUCACCUAAAGUGGGUAUUUGGCUCCUAGCCAAUGUAAAAUUUCCCCCCUCAAAUAGGACUUGCUUGACCUGUGAUUUCUGAUUUUUCCUUUAUUUCAGUUAACUACAUUGGGCAACCUCACACCUUCAAGCACUGUGUUUUUCUGUUGUGAUAUGCAAGAGAGAUUUAGACCUGCUAUCAAGUAUUUUGGAGAUAUCAUCAGCGUAGGACAACGAUUAGUAAGUUUACCUGGUUUCUUAAUAUAACAUACCUGGUUUCUAAUUUUAUCAGCUGCUGCUGCUGUAUAAUUUUUAUUGUUAUGGACUAUUUUAUUGCUUAAAUAAAAGUUUAAUUCUUGUGUCGGCUUUUUCCAUUUGCAGCUUCAAGGUGCACGAAUUUUAGGAAUCCCAGUUAUUGUAACGGAACAGUAUCCUAAAGGUCUUGGAAGCACAGUGCAAGAAAUAGAUUUAACUGCAGCUAAACUUGUCUUACCAAAAACAAAGUUUUCUAUGGUAUUGCCUGAAGUUGAGUCUGCAAUAGCAGAGAUUCCUGGAGUUCGCAGUGUUGUUUUAUUUGGGGUAGAAGUAAGUACUGCAUUCAUAACUUGCCUAUAGACUUUCUGAAAAAUGAUUAUUAUUUAGAUAAAAGUGACGUUUUUGUAUUUUUUAGUGUUACAGCAAUAAUCCUAUAAAUAUUUAUAUACAUAGAGAAGAACAGAUAUAUGAAAACCAAUGUUAUUCCAUAAUAGAACAAAUAGGUUACAUGCUAUCUGUAAAUACAGCUUGCUAAACUUGCUCUAAUCACUUAUAUACACUUAUAUUCGGAUCAUUUUGUCUAACUGUGGAAAACAAAUACACAAACAGCUAGCUUGUCCUGAAGUUGUUGAUAUUCUGUUUAUGUGAUAGUUGAUGAAGUUAAUUUUUGUUUUUCUCCAAGACUCAUGUCUGCAUCCAACAGACAGCUCUGGAAUUGGUAGGCAGAGGUCUCGAAGUUCACAUUGUGGCCGAUGCAACAUCUUCAAGAAGUAUGAUGGACAGAAUGUUUGCCCUGGAGGUAACUACUUUGAGAUGGGGAUGUAUAUGAGAUUGAUCUCUUUAAUUGUUACAAGAUGGGCAUAACCAUUAACUUUCUGAUAGACUUUAGGAUUCAUACUACAUGGAAGAGAAGUGGGAACCAUAUUGUAACCAAAAAUGGUAGAAAAUCCGAUGAGAUCCAUAUGUCUUGCUUAUUUUGUCCAAGUCAUUCAUUUUGGGGAUAUCUAGGAGUUGCUCUCUUUACCUGCAUUCAGGAAACAUGUAAAGUCUCUUUUAUUUAUCUAAGCUUUUGGCUGAUCGUUUUGUACACUACUGUUUUUUACUACUAAGCUUUAAUAUUAAGGCCGGACCAACAAUGGAGAAAGCUCAAUAAGAAAUUGUUUUUGGAAGUUUGUGAGGAGAAGUCGAUCAGUAUCCAUCAAGAAUGGUUUUUGAUUUAGGGAAUUCUACCAUAGCAGGAUGGUUGGGUUAUAAUGGAUGUGUUUUUCCAGACUUUCUGUCUCGACUGCCGAUCUAAUAGUGUUACUAUAAAAAUUCCUUUCUGUACCACAACUGACUCAUCCUUUGAUUUUAUCUAGCAUUAAAAUAAUCAGCCCUCUCCGAUUCUUCACUGUAUCAUCCCUAGAGUGCAAUCCUAUGCACAGUUAACGAGAAGUAAUUCUGCUGUUUUCAGUGGGUUACUCAGACAUAAGUAUUUAUUGGACUGCUGUCAUAAAGUAUUAAUAAAUACUUUUAUGAUUUUCUGUUUGGGUACAAAACAUUCAACUGCUGUAAUAAAGAUCAUUGGAACUAAAUGUUAUUACGACAUGUUGUUUAACCAUCUUACUGUUAGAACUGAACUGUCCAGCUAUACCAAAAACAAAAUGCCAAACUUCCCCCCCACAACUUUCCUUUCAAUGAGAAAAUUGUUGUUUCUCCAUCAUAAGCAUUGCUCCCCUGACCACGUGACUAAGUUAUGUCCAUUAAUUUUAAAUAAGUCUACACUAAGUAAUACUUAUUUCUUAUCCUCCCGCUUGCAGAGAGCAAUUUUCAUAUGUGAUGGCAAAUGUUUCUGCCUAAUUCUCAGUGCAAAGCGAUUUGCCCUCAACUUUUCUAAUACAUACUGGACAACAGUCAUGUUCUUAUAGGGGAUUUAGGACGAUUUCUUAUGGCCUUGUAAACCGGGCAUAUUCAAAGAAGAUAAUUCCCAACUUUGACUUUGUGUCAUUAUUUGUUUUAAAUGUCACCUGGACCAAACAUUUUUGAAGUUUGCAUUUGCAGCUUUCUUUGUUCUUUAAUUACUGCCUCAUUUUCUGAAUGAAAGCAUUAUUUAGUGCUUCCUCAUUUUUGCUUGUUCCUUGUGUGUGUUUUUGUGUUGAUAUUUGGAAUGUUUAAGAGUUAGGAGUAUCCAGGUAUCACAUCUGAUUGAGCCAUGAAAGAUUAUGCUGUAAUAAUAAAGAACGUUAGUUUUUAAGAAACCACAAGGCUUUCUUUUGCUGUUCCAGAGUAGCAUAGCGUCUUUCUAGAAACUAGGCAUUUUUUGUAUAAUUUCUCACCCACUUCUUUACCACGACUACAGCCAUUUGACAAACCUAUCAUGCUAAAUCAAAUCUUAUUUUUCAUUGGCAAAGGUGUGCAUCUGAUCUCAGUGUUUCCAUCGAGAACUCUUUAAUAUAUUAUGCAUAUUUUUCUCCCACCAGCAGCUAAAAUAUCUUGAUAGUCUCAGAAGUGUGACAGGACAAAAAUAAAUUGAUAUUAGGGAAGUUGGUAUUCCUCUAAUAAGGAUCUGUCAAAUUUAAUAUGUUACAUGGAAUAUGACCUCCUGCUGUUAAAUCCUGUUUAAUUUCACCAAGGACAUAGGUAAUUUUAUAUUACCAGUGCCCUUUUGCUAGAAAAAUGCCUCCCUUGUUAUCUUAUAAUGGCAAUAGUGCCCACCUGAGAAAUGCCGGAACUGAAUUCCGGCAGGAAAAAAAGCCCUGUGUAUUACUAUUCCAUAUAAGUGAUUUAAAGUCCUAGCCAUUUGGAGUUUUAAUCCAGCCUACCUACAUUGCAGUGAAAGAGAACAGAAGUUUACCCUCGCAAAUGGUAAUGGAUGUUUCUCUUGUUUUAAAAUAACGAACCGUAAUAUAUUGUGCCGAGAAAUUUUAUUUAUUUAUUUAUUUAUUUAUUUAUUAUUAUUAUAGUUUUUAUUAGGUUUUUGGUUUUACAUCUCAGAAUAAGCGUCUUGCAUAGUACCAUACAUUUGAUGACUUCCCUCCUUUCCCUUCCAUGGUUCAUUUGCUUUUAUCCACCAUUCCUGCAUAUUUUGCCAUAACCAUUUUAUUCUCCCAUCUUACAUUGCUCAAGUAUUUGUUACCCUGUUGAAUUCACCUUAACGCUGCCAGCGUUUCCAGCUGUGCAAAAUUGCUUUCCAUAUACUCGGCAAAAAAUUCCCCACUCUUUAAAUAUACGUUCUUCUUGCUCUCUUCUUCUGUACGCUAGGCCAGCUAGUUUCGCGUAUUCUAUCAUCUUAAAUUGCCAAUCCUCCUUACCUGGGACCUCCCUCACCUGUGACAAGAAAUUGCAGAGGCAGUGGUAUUGUGGUUGAAAAGUUACUCGCUAGGUAUGCAGCGUAUACUCACCCCAGCUGUCUUCUUUUGCUCUUUUUUUUCCAGCGUCUAGCUCGCACCGGGAUUAUCGUUACCACUAGUGAAGCUAUAUUGCUGCAGCUAAUAGCCGACAAAGACCACCCCAAAUUCAAAGAAAUCCAGAACCUCAUUAAGGCAAGUGCUCCAGAGUCAGGGCUCCUCUCCAAAGUGUAAAAGACGACAUUCUUGAAAGACCAUUGGAAAUGGAGAGUCAAAGAUGUAAACUUUCUCACUCGCGUGCACACACACACACACAGACACACACACACACACAUCACCUGCAAAUCGAUGUUAUUGUGCUUGCCUUAGCAGAAUUUGUUUGGUUACGCUGUUCAGGUGCGAGUGUAUUCUGUUAGUCACAGUCGUCCCAAGGCUCUGGGUACCAUAGGAUCGUUUUCGUUGUCAAACAAACUUUUAAAACAGAGGUGCCUGUUUGUCUCUACUGUACCCACUGAUUGUAACACAGUUCGGAAAAGUGCAUAUUUUUGUGAAACCUCGAUUGUGCAAACGUACUUUGGAAUUGUUUUACUUUUUGUACUAAUAAUACAAUGACAUAGAUAAAUGUGAUACAUGACGUUUUGCCAGUCUACAAAUAGAAUCAUAUUUUAAAUAAAAUGAGAUAGAUAUAUAUACUUUGGGUGGGCGGGAAUGGUGCUUUAUAGUCAGAAGAACAAGCUAAGGGAACAGGCAAUAUAGAUGUAGUACUUUAGAAGGUAACUUAGCAAAGCUGAUUCUUGAUUAUCCGAGACUUUAUUACUAAAUGGUGUUACAAAGUCCUUUCUAACUGGAAAAAAAAAGUCUGCGGAUUGAUGUUCACUUUAAAAUAAAGAGCAAUUCUGUCAGCUUGUUAAUGGGAGUAAGUGAGUGACAGAUGACACUGAAGUGAGUGACGUUAAUUCACUUGUAGACAGUUCAAAGUAAGAUGCUCAAACUCUUCAUUUCCAAGUACUAAAAUAACUUUUUUUCUGGAUGCGUUGGGGGAUUUAUUUUUAAUCCCUGUAUGCCUAGAUUUAACGAACUCCAUCUGGCUUCUACAUUAGUUCAAGCAAGCUUUGGGGUGGGGGUGGGGAAUCAGCUUCUUCAGUUUUUUUAUGCAGUAUUCUGCAAUAUGGAUGCUAAAUAGGCUUUAAAAGGAGUCCGGUGUAAUAGUAUAUUUUGAAAAAGACAUCUAUAAUUUUAUAGCUGGAAGUAAAUUUGAAUAACAGUGCCCUUAAUACAGGCCAAUUAAUUCAUGUUAGAACCGAGCUCAAAUUGUUCUAGGAUUUGUAUCAAGUAUGUUUGUGGCUUUAUAGGAAUAUAUUUUGCAAUAUGACAGUAAUAAUACCGAUGUGGUUUUUUUUAAAAAAAAACAAAAACCAUGCAUUGAUGGAAAGUUCUUAAAUUUCCCACAAACAUUGACUCUUAAAAUGAUCGUGGUAUGUUCAAAUAAAUGCAGAUGUUUACUGUGUCUUGUUGUGAUAU